AUGGCUGCGGCGAUUCUGACAGACUACAUGCGUCCUUCAUGUAAAAGGUCAUUUGUAAAAGUUCUGUGUUACAGUCUCUUUCCACCAUGUCAGCCUGGAAAGUGUCCCACGCCACAACUUCUGUGUAAAGAGCAAUGUAACAUGUUGCGGGCAAGAACAUGUUCUACGGAGAUUCGCCUGCUGAAAACAAGACUAAGUGCUGUCGCUGAUGAAAUAAUUCCAAACUGUUCCAAGUUGCCGUCGUUUGAUCCGGACUGUAAGCGGGUACCCGUCGGUGAGUUUCCCCAGCGAAAUAGGGAGCUUUUGCAAGGACAACGGCGACGGCAACCAGAACGUCAAAAAAGCAAUAGGUUUGAUCAGCAAAACAACAACUCUGCACGCGCAUCAUCCUGUUUUGCACAUUUCUUUGCCGUCACUGCACGACUAAGACGUGAAGUCGGUCUUUUAUAUGGAGGAGGUAAACAAAAGACUACAAAUUGCCUUUUCUCUUUCUUAGCUUGGGCGCGGUCGAAAAGAAAUCAGUUCCAGGGAAAUUCACCUAAACUUGAGAUCUUUCGCGAGUCGGAAUAACCGCGAGUAAGGUCUUUUAAAUAGUGAUGUUUUCGCUGCCGUAGUCGUCGUCGUUGCUAAAGCUCCCUUAAAGUAUGUGCUUUUCGUGGGCUUAUGAUGACUUUGUUCAUGUUUCCUUAUUCAUUACAAGCCAUGAACCUCAAACUGACAAUUCGCAAGUCAGUCAUGACAACCACAAAACAAAGACGAUUCUCGAGCAUUAAAAUAUCAAACUAAAUCUAUUAAAUGUCAUCACAGCAGUUACCAGGACUUUCGAGAAACGGGCCCCUGAACAGGACGCGUCUAUCGAAAGGUAACCCGAACCUAGCAUCAAAUGCGCCUGUACUCAUUUAUAACACCGUGAUGGCAGAGUGAGGUAUUAAAAGAAUGAAGUGCUUUGUCCAAGAACACGGCUAGGACUCGAUCCCUUGUAGUCUUUCCUAGUUCUUGAAUCCGGACUGUCGAUCCGCAACUUUCAGCGCAUUAAUUUAUUUCCUAUAAAAUACAUUUAUACGUCUUGUGUGGUCUUCUAAUUUACAGGCUCGUCACAUGAUUGUCCGAGUGCGACAGACAGUGGUGAGUGGUAGAGAUGUAUUUAUGUAUGUUUCAUACCAUUUUUUUUUCCUUGAAAUGAUGACGAAACUGUCAUCUGCGAGUGGUCGACAAAAAGUGAUUUUUAGUGGGCAUUUUUUGAGCCUCAAAAAUGUCGGGAAAUAUAAUAAAGAGGUUAAAAAAAGCUGAAUUAUUUUAUUCUUUAUUUCUCUAAUGCUGUAGAUAUUGGUCAAGUCACGAUGAAAGCGUUGAAAGAGACCUUUCCCUUAUGCCGUGACAGCGACGCACGUUCAAGAAUUAAUAUACAAAAGUACAACAACGGAAUAUUCAAACUUCUAAAGAACGUCUGGUCAGAGAUAGUCAACGGAACGACGAUGCUAACUUCGCCAAGCCGUGAGCAGUCAACAUACUGUUUCUCAGCCUCAUUACCUUUUAACAAACUCGUUCGUGAUUGGAAUUUCUACAGCAAGACAGCGCUUCUUCCUAAUUUACAGACACCGCAGCAUAUCACAGUGCCUGGACUGAAAGUUUCGAUAGUGAGUUCAAGAGUGGUUGGAGUGUUGGUACCUUUAGGGACAGCGGCAAAAUACAAAGUGCACGAGAAGAUCGUGCUUAAAAACGUUGAAUUUUUCUACAGGUAUCAAUUUGGUAACGGGACUUUCAUUGCAAAAGGAGACUUCAAUCUUUGCCAGACUGUCUUUAAAUUGACUGUGGAAACGCUGGCCGAUGGAACCGUAAAACUAAGCGGUUCCUCCGAAUCGCCUAUUGACGUUUACACCAUCGAAAAGGCAUUCAUAUCUGCGAAGCCCUCAAAUUGGCUACUCGAUUUGUUUGAAAAGAUAGACUUGUUUGUUCUUCGUCUUAUGAGACCGUACAUGGAAGCUUACAUAAAGGACGAUUUCAUGGUAAAGUUCUCCGGGGACACAUACUUUGGUGCGAACGCCGUGCCCGCAUCACUGGAGAUCUUUGUCGGGAAAUUGCGAGGGGAUGACCUGCUCUUGGCGGGAAUAACAAGUUCCAGUCUCACCAUGACACAAGUAUUGAAGAUGAUGACUAGCUUACCAAUUCCUCAAUUCGAUUUCUUGAAGACUUCGUCAAAUAGAUCUAGCGUAAGUUUUUUUGAAGAGACUACCUUUUCAACUUAAAUUUCAUAUAAUACCUUGCCAUUUAGAGUCUACCCACCAACUCAAAGGUUACAUCCACAAUAACACGAAAAAGAGUCGGACUGCAUGGCAGAUAUAAUAACAAAUAUGGGGCACAAGAUAAUGAUGUGAACGAGAGAGGAGGCCUCUCUCGCGGUCAGUGUCAACGUCCAUAUUUCCUCCUUAAACUUUGCGAGGGCCUGCUGCCCAUGGGAAAUAAUCCGUACCGCUAGAAAGAACUUCCCAAUAAAGCCAUUUCACGUGAAGUCACGUCCGUCAUGUUGAUGUCCCAAACCAGUCCUGUGAGCGUUGAACUCUUUUCUUAUGUAAAGGCUUUCUUCUGUGGCAAUUUGCAUGGCUGCUGACCAGUUAAAACGCUCAUCAGCUUUGGAGGAUUGAAGAGCAAUUAAUUCAAUGUUAAUGUUAUGAUUUUUUUCCUAGGUUGGAAUAACAUUAUCCACGAAUAAUGUAGACCUUAGAAACACCCCAUAUGGUGGACUUCAGCAGCAGCCGCUAUCUCUUGCAUUGGCAGGCACUGUUCCUGUGGGUUUGAGCCUGAUAACUAGAUCCCAGAUCCCGAAAGAAACACACAACGACAGUCAAAUUUAUCAGUUGCUCCAGGUUUGUUAUACUACAAGCAAACUUGCAUUUGAGUCAUGCACCUAAUAAGAGACGCUUUUUACGUACCUGUGGAAGGACUUGGGGUGUGAAGUAUGGAAUCAAGGAAGCGUUAAACGUUCACGCUUGUAUCUGAAGACGCGUUAAAACCAACACGAAGUUGUCGGAAGAGUUUCUAAGAAUAUGGUUUAGAAAGGUCACAGUCAAUCGUAUCUUUACUUAGCCUGAUGAAUAUAAGUGCAGGCAGAUUCUCAUCUGUAGGCAAUGACCUGAAUACUCAAAAUAAAGGAGAAAAUAAACUUCAUGUUCCAAUUGUUCUUUAUGUUUCUCGUUUGUUUAGAAUGUAUUUGGCCGAGAAAGUGAAUUUACCGUGAAAGCUACAACAACAGAUGGCUGGCAAGAGAUCAUGCUCGAUUGGUACUUCCACAAUGUCUCAAAAGAAGCAAUAACGUCAUUUGACAGAAUGAAAAUGAAGGUAAAAUUAACAGAGCAUUCUUGACAAAAAGUGAUGUUAGACACUAUCUCGUUAUAGUCCUUCAACGACGGCAAAGAAAUGUACACGGGCAAAGUUGCUGGUUUGCUGAUCUAAACUUAUUGCUUAAAGUCCCUAUUACUAAAACUAGGGGUAAUCAUUGAUUACGGAUCCGCGUUCGUCACUUACAGAAAAAUUACGGAAAUGAAAUCGAGUCGAAAGGAGUCCAGUUUCCCGGCCGAAGUGCCCCUGACAAAAUUAAUAGGGGCGGGUAAUUUGCAGUCGCCCGUGAUAGCUCGUAAAUCCGUUUCUGCCUAGGGUCAUUGCUUAAGCUCUCUAAUGUUAAUAUCCCGAAAUGUUCGCAAUAUUUAAAAUAUGCCAGGCUUUUAACUCACCAAUAUCUCCUAAUCCCGCCGAAGCCCUAAAAAUUGUUUGUAAGAUCAGCUGAAUUAACAUAUAACUGCCGUAAAACUCUGAUCUAUCCUUUGCUUUGAAGGUUUCCGUUGGUUUACCAAUGCUAGGAUUUGCCCUGAUGCCGUCGAUCGAGUUUGCCGCCGAUGGGGGUUUAUACAGUAGUGAGCAGCCUUCGAAGACCCUUCCCUUUAGCGGGCGACUUUCACUCCAGAAUUACAAAACAUACCUUGAAGGAAACUUUCAAACCCAUUCAGAGUGGAGGAAGGCUUUGGGUAUAGAAUUCUUGACUAUGAAAAACCUAAGAAUUGGGUAAGUGUAUAAAAACGCCAUCUAUGACAUGGUGUAGGAGAACUAGUUGGGGGUUACAAGCGCUCAUCCACACCAAAUAUUUUUGAAGAUUGGAGAAUCUCAGAAUCACUUCUCCUUAGCAACGAUUUCUUUUUUAUUCACUCUUUGGAUAAACGGUUGCUAUCGUUACGAUAUGUGACGUGAUAUGUGCCAUUUACGGAGAUAAAAUAUAAAAAAACAUUUACCAGUGAGAUGAAAAUUAUUUACAUGAUCCUGUGAUGUGCUUGAACUUAGUGCCCAUGAGACUUUUCAUCGCAUUUUUACACCCACUCCAGACCUCUUUUAUGUAUACUGUACGUUGCGCAAAAAAGUGGAAAACCACUGGAAGAGUUAAGUCCACUACGAAAUGAUUUUCUUUUCGGCCAUGGGCUGAUAUUUAUGACUCGUACAGCUGAAUUCAACCUUAUUUUUGUUGCUUCUUACUCAUUUUUCACUUCUUCUUAAUUCCUUCCAGUGUAUCACUACCAAUCAACCAAUCACUGCACAGCAGAAUAAGAGGAGAGGCCGACCUUCUGUUAGGAUCAAACUGCAACAGUAGUGACAACGACUCUAUCAAGGUUAGCUACGAUGAUCGGAAUAUUAUACCAUACCAAUCGCUAGCCUAGUCCAGAUUCCAAGAUAGUGGGGAAAACGGGUCGAAAAACGUGGCGGGAACACCGCGUGACGUAGGCUAACCAGUCGCGUACGAAACCAGGUUGUGAAUUGUCUUAGAAGAAGUUCUUUCUUCUUUCUCAUUAAAUUUUUCGCUCGACAUUUAGCGCCUUUUUUUCUUCACAGCAGCGGUGUGUCACUGGUCACCUCUUCUUGGGUUUUUCGGAUGAUUCUACAGGCCACUUUUUCUACGGCACGCUGUCUCCUGUUAGUUUGCAGAAACUCCUUGAACUUUGGAACAUUCAGCACAAACUUCCAGGUGCCAUGGCAACGAUAGGAUUUCCAGAAGGUCUCCAGGUACCAAGUAACUGGGUUUACUCAUAAGCGGCCGUGACUUAGUAAAACGCAGGGAAAACAUAAUAACUGGAAAACCAGAGGCGUCAAAAAUACUUUCUUGAUAAAUGAAAAACAAUCUAUGAUAGGUUUUAAAACCAGUGAUUGUAAAACAAUUGGAGAAAAAUUGACCUUUAACGCCACAAGACAGGUCUUUACGUUGUAGGAUUUGGCGCUACGGCGAAGGGUCAUUUCCAAGCGUGCGCGGUGCGUCAUUUUUGGGCUCUUUUACUUCCGGCCGCCGUAGUAGAGGUCGCCUUAGCGAUCUGCUUGAAGUCACUAUUAAUAAAAUUAGGAACGGGGAAAAAAACCGGAACUAAUUAGUGACGUCCCCAUGGUGCUUUCAUAUCUUUGCAGAUUUCAGUGGCCAAAGGAGCACAUGACCUUCGCAAACUUGGUGGACCUGUUUUGCAACCGGGAUUUAUCAUGAAGGGCAAGAUGAGCGUAAUGGGAAUAGAAACAACCGGCGCAAUUUCACUUAGUCCAAAAGAGGUUUGUCGUCAUUAACAAUUAAUACGCUAUUACUUUUUACUCAGAGUCGGGUACUUGAGAAGGCUCCUGAUUGCGUUGACGAUGACCCAUAAAACAAUUAAGCGGACGCCAAAACUAGAGUUCAUCGCACAAAUGCUUAUGUUUCUUUUGCUAUAUAUAGCCUGGUCCUAUUGUUCAUUUUUGACAACAAGUUGUUUGUAGAGGCAACAUGUAAGAAGACCCUUAAUUUCUGAAUAUCUCAGUUUCCUUCUUUCAGUUUGAGAUCGAUGCAAAACUCACUUCAGACAAGACUUCUACAGCCGUCGAUGACUUAACAUCCCUACUUUUGCCCAGAUUAAAUCAUGAAAGUAGCCGCAAGCUUUGGCUGGAAGCUCGUAUGAAACCAGUACCAUAUGUAAAGGUAAACAGCAUUACCGUGCAGCAUAAUAAAUAGUACCAUAGGAAUUACAGCUGAGUAGCUUUUAUUUGAAUGGUCACACCAUAGGAUUUCAUGCACAGACUCAAAAGUUAGAACCACCUUGUACAGCAUAAUAAAUAGUACCACAGGAAAGUACUGCUCAGUAGCUUUUAUUGAAUGGUCACGCUUUAGAAUUUCAUCCACAGACGCAAAAGUUAGAACCACCUUGUACAGCAUUAUGAUAAUAAACAGUACCACAGUACAUUUUACAGUACCACAGAAAAGUACAUUCGAGUGCUCACACUUUUGGAAAGAGAAAUCAGACAGAAAACCUCCGGAAACCGGUUAAAAUUACCUGCCAAUGAGGUGGCAGUUCUGUUGGCAAUUCGGUCUGUAAUCAUACGAGUGAUUAACAAAACGAAAUUCUGCAACCAAUUAAUCAUAACUAUAACAAAAUUUGUGAUAUUUUUUUAGGCUUUUUUAGAUCAAAACACAGGAAAUUUUGUUAGUAGUGAAAAAAAAAAGGCUAUUUAAGCGCGCGCUUGAUGGCGCGUCUGUCCAGUUACUUAGGCAUGACACCUACUGUCCUAUUACACUGUCCUAUUAGUGCUGAAAUCAGGACAGCUGAUAGCCAAUAGGAUUUUAAAAUUUUGUUAUAGUUAUGAUUUAUGGGGUGUUUCAGUGAUUUUCCAGCUGUUGUGGCUCGGUAGCCUUGAAAAGAAAGUAGAACAAGCAACAGCAACAAUGCUCCAUUGUUUGUCUCUUCUAGGCACAAGUAGAUGGCUAUGCUCGAUUGUUUGGCAUAUUUGAGGAAACACGCAUGCUUGUCACCCAUGAUUCUUUGCAAAUCUAUCUUACAACUGACGUCAGCAAGUCAUUCAGAAUCAACGUUAACAUCAUCACAAACUACAGCUCAAACAGGAACGAUACACUAUUCAACGCUACGGUUGUUUUUGACAACGGUUUAUCCAAGGUAAGAUUUCGGAUUCUUGGUACCCUUGAGCCAGUCAAUCAUUCUUUAAGAAUUUUCUUCCACUUCGGUGGGACACUUUUUCGCCCGUAACUUUGAAGUUCGUGAUUCGGGAUUUGAAACCAAAAUUGGGAGGAGUUUCGGGAUUAAAAGUAUGCCCGGGAGGUGGGAUUCCAAAAAUAACCCUCGAGAUUACGGGAUUGCACGAAACUUUGGGUCGGGAUUACGGGAUUAAAGAAUCCUAUUGGAGACCCUCCCUUAAGGCAAAAGCACCUAAGCUAAAUUCAAGGACUUUUUCUUAUCGUACUAGAAUACUGAAACAAAUAGCACCACGCGAAAGUACUUUGCCAUAGAGGUAUCGUUUGAAUGGUCGCACAAUUAUAACUUCGUUCACAGUUGAGAACGUUAGUAGAGCUACAUAGCAUACCCUCGUAGUACUCACGCUUCAGGCACUUGGAGUGGGAGGUUAGAAAACGGCUUAAGACCAGGGCACUGUUACCCUCUGACGUGAUAGAUAUUGCCAACGCUGUCGUCCGAUCGACUAUGUGACUUUUGGCGGAGAACAGUUUUGUUAGAUGUCAUGUAACCUCGAAAUAACCGAUAAAGCGUGUUCCCUUGGCGAAAAAAUCUCAGCUAUUUAACAGCACAUACCUCAAUUGAGCCAUUUUGUUUUACAGUUGACACAUUUGGCUGCAAAACAAGUUGUUGCGAUGUUGGAACAACAAAUGUCGGAGCUGAAUUCGGCUAAAGGAGAAGUACAGCGAAAGAGAAGAGAAUGCGUACAAACAAUAAAACGAGACUGCAGUAGCUGCAUGAAAAACGGAGAAUGUGCUAGUUCCCUUGAGACCUGUCGCACCAGUGUGGGGAAGAAAACGCCAGCAAACAACCUAGGAGGAAAACGUAACCCUAUAGACAUCUGCCCACGUUUUGUUAUGGACGGUUGCCUGGGAUCCGAGGUCGCAUGCCAUAAUGUUUGCAGCUUCCUUAGCUCAAACGCAAACAAGACAUGCGCAACUUAUAACGCCGCCGCCACAUCUCAGAGGAAACUAGAGCGAGGGUUGAAAUGGAUGAAGCAAGCAGAGCGUUCAAUGAAUGGGAAUUUGUUUCACAUCCACGGGAUUUCCUUCAAAACAAACGUGUCUUCAGUUGUAGAUUUUGAACACUUCAUCAUGGACACUUCCUUAGAAGUCACCAUAUUUGGGCAAAGACAAAGACUGGAAGGUUUGCGUAUUGGUUUCAACGACUUUGUAAAGUUAUCGUCCGAGAUCGCAACCCACGCGUGGGACUGGUACCAAACGGCAAAGCCACAGUCCAAAUCAAAGUCUCUUCAUUCGGAUAACCGACCCAGACCUUCAUCGAACUAAAUGGAGCAUUUAAUGACACGAAGAACGCGUAUUUAUAGGAGGAAUUAACUUUUCCUUAAUGCGGUUAUAAAACGUAGCAAAGUACAUGCAAUGAUUUAGAUGUAAAUUUAGUCGUUUUGCUCAACAUUCAAGUUGGGAAAAUGUUUUUUCCAUCAGAAGCCAUAACGAGGGAUGGUUCCUUUUUUCGUAUUACCAUGAGAAUGAUACAACCGAUUUCACUAAAGACUGCUAGUAUUGGCUGUAUUGCCUAUAUUUUUCUGGUUAGUCGGGCUCAGAAAAGUAUCAGAAUUUCUAAUUCUUGUUGGACGAGAAAAACAGUUGAGCGCCGUGCUGAGAUCAGAGAGGGGAAAUAGAAGAAUUAGUCUUAACGCUCAGGGAUUAACCGCAUCAACUUUUGCAUCAGGAUGUACAAGAUAAAUGUCCUAGCAUUCUUCUCGGACGCCAAUAGUUGAGCACGAGAAAUGUGGUUGCAAACUUACUCGUUUCGUUUGUAAAAUAUAAAUCUAACCCAGAGAACGUAAAGAAUCAGUAUACAGAUAUUUCAACUUUUUAAUAAUUACAAACGUUCUGAACUAAGAACAAUGAAAGGUUAGCCUUGACUAUUUCUAAAAGAACUUGUAUAAUCACUAUUAAUAAAAGUAAGAACCUGGUGAAAAGACCAUUGAUAUUUAACUGAAACCAAAGAUCUUCCUAACGGAAGUCGUGUACGUAGCAACUACGGAAUGUGUUGGAACUUGUUUUUUUCUUAACACUAAUAAAUGUAAAAUUAAAACAAGAUAUGAAAUAAUGUGAUUUUUCUUGACGAGGAUGAUUAAAAUGUAUUUUUUUUUAAUUAUUUUACGAAACUUAACUUAAACAUUUUAUAUUAAACCAACG